AUGGUUGGUGUUUCUUUUUUAUCCCAAUUACUUUUCAGAGAGAAGGAUUGUCUACCAAUAAUUAAUGCACUCAUUUGCAUUUUGGUAUACUUUCUUGCUUUUUUUGUACGCUUGUUUGCCGUCAUUCGUUUUGAAUCGGUUAUUCAUGAAUUUGAUCCUUAUUUUAAUUUUCGUACAACCAAGUUUCUUGUUGAAAAAGGUUUUUAUGUUUGGUGGAAUUGGUUCGACGUUUUUUCAUGGUAUCCUUUAGGUCGUGUUGUUGGUCAGACACUUUUCCCUGGACUUAUGCUAACAGCUUUUUGUUUAUAUAAAAUUGUUCAUUUUUUUGGGUUUUUAAUUGAUAUCAAGGAUAUCUGCGUGUUUACCGCCCCUAUUUUUAGCGGUUUCACAUCUCUUGCAACAUAUUUAUUUGUAAAACAAACUACAAAGUGUAAUGGAGCAAGUCUAUUUGCUGCUUUUUUUGUCUCUUUAUCUCCUUCAUAUAUGUCUCGUAGUGUUGCAGGAAGUUAUGAUAAUGAAGCAAUUUCUAUUUUUGCUCUAAUUUUUGCUUUUUAUGCGUAUGUACGAGCACUGAACAAAGGAACCAUGUUUAGCGCUAUUUUAGCUGCUCUUUCUUAUUUUUAUAUGGCUGCUGGAUGGGGUGGUUAUGUAUUUAUUACAAAUAUUGUAGCAGUUCAUGCAUUAGCUCUUCUUUUUUUACAAAAAAUGACUAUUAAACAAUACGUGACUUAUUCCGUUUUUCAUAUCUUUGGCACCGUUUUAUGUUUUAGUAUUCCUUUUAUUAAUUAUCAAGCGUUAAAAUCAUCGGAACAUAUAUCUUCCCACGUUGUCUUUCUUAUAGUGCAGGUAGCUUUUCUACCUUACUGUUUAGAGAAAAUUUUUUCUUCAGCGUUUAUUCAUAAAUUACAACAAGGGUUACUGAUUUUAUCAUGUAUUUUUGGAACGGGUGUCGCAGUAUGGCUUGGCUUAAGCGGCAAAACAAGAUGGACAGGACGCUCAUUAACUCUACUAGAUCCAACAUAUGCUUCUAAAUUCAUUCCAAUUGUCGCUUCAGUGGCAGAACAUCAAUCACCCGUUUGGACAAGUUUUUUGUUCGAUCUCCAUAUUACGGUGCUUUUUUCUUCUGUUGGCUUAUGGUUGUGCUUUUCUCGUCCAAAUGAGACAUCAUUAUUUAUGGGUUUAUAUGGUGUCAUUUCAUCUUAUUUUGCUUGUAUUAUGGUUCGUCUGUUACUGGUUGCAUCACCAGCAACAUGUUCUCUAGGAGGUUUAGGUAUUUCAUAUCUUGUGUCCUCCUUUAUGCAAAUCCCAUCCGCUUGUGACACAACUCUUGAAUCAAUAUCUUGCAAAAAUUUAACAGUAUCACAUGGAGAACAAACGCAACCUAAAAAAAAAGAAAAUCAUCUAUGGAUGAAUUAUUUUACUCGUUUUAUUGGAGUUGUAAUUCUUUUCUCUAUCACAUUUGAUUAUUUAAGACACUGUGUUUAUGUCACCUCUAUUGCUUAUUCUCAGCCAUCUAUUAUGCAAAUUUUCAAAAUGCAAAACGGAGCUCGUUUUAUUCAAGAUGAUUUUAGAGAAGCUUACUACUGGUUACGUAAAAAUACUGAUAAGGAUGCGCGUCUUAUGUCCUGGUGGGAUUACGGUUAUCAAUCGGCUGCUAUGGCGAAUCGAAGUGUUAUUGUUGACAAUAACACUUGGAAUAAUACUCAUAUAGCGACAGUUGGUUUGGCUUUUAGUUCUUCAGAAGAAAAAGCAUAUCCUAAGCUUUUAGAACUUGAUGUCGAUUAUGUUUUUGUUAUCUUCGGUGGCUAUUGUGGAUACUCAAGUGAUGACAUUAAUAAAUUUUUAUGGAUGGUACGUAUUGCGGGAACUAAUUAUCCUUGGAUAAAAGAAAAAGAUUAUAUUUCAGCUUCCGGUUAUUAUUCAGUAGGAGAGAACGCGUCACCUACAUUCAAAAAUAGUCUACUUUACCGCCUUUCAUAUUAUCGUUUUUCUGAGUCGGUUUACCAAGGAAAGGAUGUUGUACGUUCUACCAGCAUACCACCCGUGAAGCCGUUAAAAUAUCUAAAAGAAGUUUAUACAACAGAAAACUGGAUCGUGCGCAUUUAUGAGGUAAAACGUCCAAGUUCUACAAGUAUUCAACCUUCAGCAGAAGCUUCGUUAUCAAGCGCUUAUUGAAUUAUUUUUCCCUUAUAUUUAAUAGAAAUUCGAAGGAUUUUUGUUUUAAACAUACCCGUUUCAAUUAAAGUUUU